AUGGGUCUUACUUCGCUUCAAGUCUGCAUGGAUUCAUCUGACUGGUUACAGGGGACAAUUCACGAUGAGACAGGAGGAAUGUUGGAUUCUUCUUCUUCAUCGCCAUCUUCAGCUGAAAGAAGGCUCAGGCCACCACAUGACCAAGCCCUGAAAUGUCCAAGGUGUGAUUCAACACACACUAAAUUCUGCUACUACAACAACUACAGCUUAUCUCAGCCGAGGUAUUUCUGCAAGACUUGUCGGAGGUAUUGGACCAAAGGCGGCACAUUGCGCAACAUCCCUGUUGGUGGUGGCUGUAGGAAAAGCAGUAACACCAAAAAAGGAUCAUCAUCAUCAGUGAAUCCUAGGAAACCCUGGCUCGCAUCCCUAGGUUCUCCUCCUCCUCCUCCACCACCAACAGAAAAGGAUGAUGAUGAUGAUCUAGGUCCUCUACCUCUACCAGAGUUUUUAAAGAAGAGUCGGGGAUUUGACAUAGAUACAUUUAAAUCAGUUCCUGAAAAGUCUUUGUUAGCACCAAAAAUACAGAUAAUGUUUGAGUCUUUCUAUUUGUCGACCCCACCCAAUGGAAAAAAUGAUUGUUGUUAUUGUUAUUAUUAUUAUUUUAUCACCUUUAUGGCUCAAAGCGCGGAUCAUGAUGAUUCGGAGGUAGCGUUUCUUGGCCAAUUCGAACUAGACGAGGAUUCGUUAUACCCCAGGCUUAAGGUUGAGGACCCCUCUCAAACUGUUGAUGAUGAUGAUGAUGAUUCCGGUAGUAGGGAGUUUCUAGGUGAAAGAAAACGUUCGCAUGUUUGGCGGGCAAUGUCAACCUCUUCUCCACAUUUAUCUCCUUUGCCAUUGUUAAUUUGUUUACGAAGAUGGGGCAAUGGGUCCGUCGGCAUAUGGCCAUUUUUGUUUGCGGUAUUGAUGGUUUGUUUUAUGGACUCAUAUCUUAAUUUCGAAUCAUUUCAAGAAAUGGCUAGAUCUAGAGCUGUUGUCGAAGAUUCUGCUAGGGAUUCACAAGGUGACGUGAAUGCUACUCAUCCUGAAACCUUAGAUUCCAGAUUCUCGGAGAUAGGGUCAAAGUUUGAUCAGUUAGUGGCUCUAAUGACGGCGCAGGAGGCAAGAAAUGCUGAAAGGGAUGCAAGAUUGGACAAGCUCAUCGAGUUGGUUGCAUCGCAACAAGGCAACAGUGGCUUGGGAAAUCCGUCUCGAAAUGGUCAGCAAGGACAAGGAGUGGUUGCUCCGAUGUGGUACCAACAGCCGAGACUCGAUUUACCCGAGUUCAUGAGAGAAAAUCCGCAGAACUGGCUUCAGAAAUGCCGCAAAUACUUCCUGAUGCAUCACAUUCCAGAGGAGGAGAAGUUGGACUCAGUCAAGAUCUUCCUGGAUGGCAAAGCCGAAACAUGGUACCAGGGGAUCAAACGUUCUACUGAUACGGGACAUUCUGUUUCUGUUCCGGUGCCUCCUGAUCAAAUUGAGGAUCAGACGAAGACUGUGGUGCACCCUAUUAGCAGUGGGGAUAGGGAAAAUGGAAACAAAGGUUUACAGAGUGCUGGCAGCUUGCAUUCUAAUGUUAAGGCAGGGCUUAAAACAGAAUUUGGUGAUCAAUUGGGUAAGGGAGCUAAUUCUGAGAAGACUCACAGUAAGGGUGGUGGUGGUAAGUAUGCUGGGAACAAAGGUUUUGGAAACAGGUACGUGAAGAAAAUGUCUCCUCAAGAGUUCCAGUAUAGGGCGAACAAUCAGAUGUGUUACAAGUGUGGAGAUCGUUUCAAGCCAGGGCAUGUGUGCAAAUUGGGGCAAAUAAAAGUCAUGUUGUGUGAAGAUAUGGCCAAGGAAUUGACCUCUGAUAGUGUUAUUUGGACAAUUGAUGGAGAAAUGAGUGACGUGAAUGACUUAACCUUGGAAUUUGAGACUGGGAAUAGCUGA